AUAUAUAUACACGCCUCCAUAAAAAUAGAGAUUUAUAUGUUGGAAGGGCGAUAGGGUCCAACUAUAUAUCCUGGGGGUGGUUCCAGGCCAACCAAGCAUGCCAGGGAGCAUCGAUGGAGCUAGCAUACCACGGCGCUUACCAGGGUACUUUGUCGGUCAGUCCCGGUUCAACCUCGACGAGGGAUUGGAUAUAAAGAUGCAAAAUUUAGAUUAAGCAUAACACAUACCAAAUACCAAAUACCAGUUAGCUGCCACAGCACCAAAGCCAUCUAGGAGGAUCUGACUCUGGGAAACCAACCAUGGCCAGAUUUGGAGUAAGUCCUGAAAUAAAAAAGGCUAUACGAUGGGAUGUAAAUAAUAAAUAUGUUGAUGCUGCGGGUUGAUGCGACCCGUAUGAGACCUGGGCCAAGCCUCUCCUUGGGCCAAGCCGGCGUCAACCCCCAAGCAACUCACCGUCCCCCGUCCGGUCUCCAACUCGUCUCAACCUCCUCCUCACCUCACCUCACCUCACCUCUCUCCUCCUCUCCUGUCCUCCUCUGCUCACCAUCUCAUCAUCUUGCUGUCUCAUUCCCCCACUCCUGCCUGCCUGCAGUCGUCCUCUUCUUAUCUGCUCUAUCGAUUGUCUGCUUGAGCGGUGCUGUGUCUUGUAAUCUCCCUGGCUCUUCUGCUUGGUGUGAAGGUUACCCUACCCCCAACACCCUCACCACCAGCCUCGUACCAUAUCGUUGCCUCUCCAGAUUCCAUUUUCAUCGUCGUCACUAAAGGAGCUUCCAUCCUCCUAGCUAAUCAGCUCUGAUCCCUCGCCAAUUGGUUUUACCGUGUGGUCGCUGCUGUUUAUCGCUCCGCCGCAAUCUACACCUCCCGACGUCCCCAACCACGAUCCCAGUCCAUAUACCCGAUAAAAGCUUUAAUCUCCUUUAUAUAAAAGGUUAUAGGAUAUUUGAAGCUGCGCCAUUAUAUCUCGUCGAAGAAAUAAAUAAAAAAGCCAUUAGAGAGCCCUUGUGUGUUUCUUUGGAUUGAAUCCUGUUGGACAGUGGGCUUCAUUCAUCUUUGUCAAGACUUUAACACCGUUGGCGCAGGACUUUGACCAGCUAGACCGCCUUUGACUUGAUCUUUAGGCUUUAUAUUUGGAAUUCGCUUUCGGUCUCUCAAUCCUUGUUACUUAACUCUUUUUUUACAUUGACUUCCAUUCUCUGGAAAAAUGGCCUCUGGACCAGCUACUCAGUCACUGAAGUGUGUUGUUACUGGCGACGGUGCUGUUGGCAAGACAUGUCUCCUUAUUUCCUACACCACAAAUGCCUUCCCCGGAGAGUAUAUUCCUACUGUGUUCGACAACUACUCCGCCAGUGUAAUGGUUGAUGGGAAGCCAAUCAGUCUUGGUCUUUGGGAUACUGCUGGACAGGAAGAUUACGACAGACUACGUCCUUUGUCAUAUCCACAGACCGAUGUUUUUCUUAUAUGCUUUUCUAUCGUCAGCCCGCCGUCUUUCGAUAACGUCAAAGCGAAGUGGCACCCGGAGAUCGAACAUCACGCGCCCAAUGUCCCCAUAAUUCUAGUAGGGACCAAACUGGAUCUGCGAGAGGACAAGGCUACUGCUGAAAGUCUUCGUGCGAAGAAGAUGGAACCAGUGUCUUAUGAACAAGCCCUCGCAGUUGCCAAAGAGAUCAAAGCACAAAAAUACCUCGAAUGUUCAGCCCUCACGCAGCGAAAUCUGAAGAGUGUCUUCGAUGAAGCUAUUCGUGCCGUGCUGAAUCCACGUCCUGUUGCGAAACCUAAAAAAUCCAAAUGCAAUCUCCUCUAAAUCUCUCGUGUGCCGGCAGAACCCAUCUGACUGCCUGAGAUUCAAAAAGAAGAACGAUAGAGAUGACACUAUGAUAUCCCCUGAGCAUGUUACUUUUCUUCAUUUUCAGCUAUUUUGCUUUUCUUCUCAACUGAAAGCGAAAUCCCCGGAAACUCGGCGAACAUUUCUUCGUAGCCUAUUUUUUUUUUCUGAGUUAUACGAAAUUAACUUAAUGAACUGGGUUUUCCUCUGAACUAUCCGGGAAGAACCACGACCUACUCGAAGAAUUUUCAAUAGAGGGGGAACGACCUAAUUCAAGAGCGGCAGUAAACCCUCAUCAUCUUGCAAUCACUAAUUGACCAGCUCCUUUUGCCGUCCCCUCUUUGGUUUCCUUUUCCCUCCAGUUUGAUUUACCCUUAGCUGUUAAAAAAUCGAAUUGUUACGAUCUGAUGAAGUUUGCCCUCCACCCGCAGAUUACUUGCUCUGGCGUUCUAAUUUCCCACUUCGUUUCCUUUCUUUCUCUUGUUUUGCUUAGGUCUGUCGUCAUUUUAACGCUUUAUCUAUUUCCCCCCCUCCCCCCUCCCCCCUCCCCCCUCCCCCCUCCCCCUUCUUUCUUUUACCUGCCGCUUGGAAGGUGGAUUUGGAUUGAUUAGUUUUGUCAUCUUUCUAUUUUCGACGGCACAUUGUUUUUUAUUUCUUUCUCCUUUUCCGCCCGUCGUGGUUGUCACCCGCGCCAACAUCUCCGCUGCCACUUAUCGCUUUCACCUAAUAUAACUUCCUCCGCAAAAUCUUGUUCAUGAUCCGUCACUUGGCUCUGCUCAUAUUCCUCUAGAUAAUUUGUAAACGAAUUACGACGCGCUUUGGUAACGGCGCAUGGGGGAGGGAAAGCAGUGAUGGCCAAGCUACAACAUUGCCCCGUUCGUUUCAUCCCCCUGCUCUUCUUAACUCAUCUCCUUCCCCCUUUUUUUGUCUUGCAACUCUUCUUGUCAUCAUAUUUUCCCACUAAACAUGGUGAUAAUGUGUUUUGAAAAACCUUUUUCCCUGUUCUCUCUUCCCUCUCUGUAUACUUUACGCUACCCGUACACCGUUUCCCUCCCCGUCGCCUUCUGCCCUCUGGCCCCCUAAAGAAAGGAACUGGAAGUACAAAAUUAUCGUGCUCUCCAUGCAACCACACAUUGAUACCUGCUAUAUCCACCCCCACCCCACCCAAGCAGGAAAACCCCCAAAUGCCAUUCCCCCACCUAGCAAUGCACCUUACACGCCAAACAGGACACGUCGUCGCAUCUUAGCAUCGUCCCCCCUAUUCCCUAAAUCAAUGUGCGUGUAGAUUGUUUCCCGCACUAAGCUUUGCACCAACCAUACCAUGCCAUUUGUAGUUCCCCUUGAUCAUGAGAUGCGGUGUAACUGUGCACUCAAAGCAGUUGGUAGAAUGCUCCAGUCCGAUUCUGAGGGGUAUACGUGUGCUAUUCAAUAGGAAUGGCGGACUUGGGACGACUGAGAACGUACGGAUAUUAUCUGAAUACUGCCACAGAUAGGUGUUCAGGGAUAUGGAGGGUUACUAUGGUAAAAUAUCCAGGGUGAGAACGCUUUAAAUGGUACCACUCGAGCUGGUUGUUCCGUUGGACUCUUAUGACAAAAAUGGCCAUGAUCAUAGCUGCUGGGGGGAUUUGCGACUGAAGCUUGUACAUGUACAUGGAGCGAUAUUUGAUAUUCUUUGAGGACUUGGAUGUAGUUAGGAAAGAUGCAUAGAGCAUGUAGAGUACAUGUACGUCCUGGCGUCUGGGAUCUUCUCCUAAAGAAGUCACAUGUAUAGGAGCUCAGAGGGCCCUCUCCAAUCCCCCCUUUGGCCGAAAUAUUGUGUAGAUUGUUGGUGUAUGGGUGCUUGUCAAGGUACGGAUCGGGGUAUGUACAGCAGAUAGAGGUCACUAUUCGACAGCUACACCAACCUCAUCACCAUCAUACGAAGCCAGACCAGCCCCCGUGCGCCGCUAUGUCGCCGGAGGCAUGGCGGUGUAUGUACUCCGUAUAGCGUGUUUCAUGACUUAUAGAUUAGCGUGGUGCAUGAAUAAGUUGCUAGGGGUCCCAGGUUGGUUCAGUCUCUCUACCUACCAUCAGUGCCCACUGGUGGUGAUUGAGCUCUGUUGCCCUAGUGGCCUAAAAUAAGUAAGAUGUAA